CUCUCGACCCUCGACAUCCAACGGGCUUCGAACGGACCCCUUCGACAUUGACGGUGGGCCGAAGGGCAGUGCCGUUCCCGUCUCGCGAAUUACCCAAACCGCCAUCUCAAGGACGAGCGCCUCUCGUCUCCUUGCCAUUGCCCGUGCGCGUAAUUUUCUCCACAUCGAAGGGCUUUCCUUUCGAGAACCCGUCGCUUUCGUUUUCUUGAUUUCUGCUGUUACUGUGGAGAAGUAGAAGAAAAGGGACGGAUGGGUCCCGUGCUCCUUUGCGAAAAUUUGAAUUCCCGGGGAAACAAACCCUAGUUUUCCCUUCGAAGGAAGCUAUUUUUUGUGUUUUAGCCCCCAUCUCUUCUUACAGCGACGCUGGUAACUCGGGUUUUAGUUUGAUUUUUGGAGCAGUACGGUGAUCUCCAUCCCCGCCUUCCUCCCUGUCCUCGGUGAUGAAGGCUUUCUUGCGUGGGCGUUGCCUUGAUUCCAAGUUUCAGGGUCUUCGGCAAGGGCGGGAUAGAUUCCAGGAACUCCAAAAAAGAUUGCGGCUUUCAUGUUCUGCAUUGAGAAAGUUGUCAUUUUGGUAGUUAUUUUCAAUUUGAGGGUUUGGAAUCAUGUCAGCUGCCACUAUGACUCCUACCGUCGCUCGGAGCUCACUGGAGGUGAUGCUGGAUACUAUCAGGCUGAGGGAUGAGCAGCCAAAAGAUCUGCCACCGGCUUUGCCGGUCCGCCCCACCUCGAGGGGACGCCUCCCCACUUCAAGAAGGUCGUUGGCCGUCAAUCUUAAACUAGACAGAAGUGCACCUGAGGAACUUUUGACGGACUCUAUGAAGUGGGAUGACAAGACGGAAUAUGAUAUGCCAAGGGGUGAUAAGGGGGCGGUGUUUAGAAGUGGAAUACUUCAAAGUAAGAGGAUGGCAAAGGUGGAGCGACCAUUAGAAUCUCCAUAUAUCAAGAUUACAAAGAGAGACAGUUAUGAGGAAAAAGUGGAGGUAACCGAUAAUCGAGCGAGUGCUGCUGUCCAGUUGCCGUCAGCAGUGUUGCUGGAUGACAAGUCAGAAUGGUGUGACACAAUUAAAUAUGCCCUAAAGAAGAACCUGCAGGUUUGGUGUUGGAUCUCCAAUGCCAGGUGGGAGCUGGGCCAGAUCCAUACAAUUUCCAGAGAUUAUGUAGAUAUUUUGCUGUCUAAUGGCAUUGUUCAUUCAGUUUCCAGGGAAAGUAUCUUACCUGCCAAUCCACAUAUCCUUGAUGGUGUUGACAAUCUUAUACAACUUAGUUACUUAAAUGAACCUGCAGUUCUCCACAAUAUUAAAUACCGAUAUGCCAAUGAUUUUAUUUAUACCAAAGCAGGGCCUGUUUUGGUUGCAGUCAAUCCAUUCAAAGAGGUGCCCCUUUAUGGAAGAGAUUAUGUUACAGCUUACAAGCAGAAACUCAAAGACAGCCCACAUAUUUUUGCAAUAGCGGAUACUGCUUUUAAUGAAAUGAUGAGAGAUGGAGUAGAUCAAUCUAUCAUAAUAAGUGGUGAAAGUGGUGCUGGUAAAACCGAGACAACAAAAUUUGCAAUGCAGUAUCUUGCAGAUGUUGGGGGUGGUGGCAGCAUAGAGGAUGAGGUUUUGCAGACUAAUUCAAUACUGGAAGCGUUUGGAAAUGCAAAAACUUCAAGAAAUGACAACUCCAGCCGAUUUGGAAAGCUAAUUGAAAUACAUUUUAGUGCCGCUGGAAAAAUUUGUGGUGCUAAGAUCCAAACCUUCUUACUCGAAAAGUCAAGAGUGGUUCAGAGAGAAACAGGUGAAAGGUCAUAUCAUGUAUUCUAUCAACUUUGUGCUGGAGCUUCUUGUGGUCUUAAAGAGGAGUUGAAUCUGAAAGCAGCCUACAAAUAUGAAUACUUGAAGCAGAGUGACUGCUUGACCAUAGAUAAUGUUGAUGAUGCAAAAAGAUUUCAUGUAUUAAUGGAAGCCUUAGAUGUCAUCAAGAUCUCAAAGGAAGAUCAGAAGAAUGUGUUCUCCAUGCUUGCAGCAGUACUAUGGCUGGGUAACAUUGCUUUCUCAGUGAUUGACAACGAAAAUCAUGUCAAAGUUAUCCUUGGUGAAGGAGUAACUAAUGCAGCAAAGUUGAUGGGUUGUGGAGUACCAAAUUUGAUGCUAUCUUUAUCAACUCGUAAAAUUCAAGCUGGCAACGACAGUAUUGUUCAAAAGCUUACAUUACAGCAGGCAAUCAACACCAGGGAUGCAUUGGCAAAAUCAAUUUAUUGUAAUUUAUUUGACUGGCUUGUGGGACAAAUCAACAAGUCACUUGGAGUAGGCAAAUGCUGUACCGGACGAUCGAUCAGCAUUUUGGAUAUUUUUGGUUUUGAGUCUUUUAAUAACAAUGGGUUUGAACAGUUCUGCAUCAAUUAUGCUAACGAGCAACUACAACAGCACUUCAAUCGUCAUCUAUUUAAACUUGAACAGGAGGAAUAUGCCCAAGAUGGAAUUGAUUGGGCCAAAGUUGAAUUUUUGGAUAACGCCAAUUGUCUAAACCUCUUGGAGAAGAAACCUCUAGGGGUAAUAUCACUUUUAGAUGAAGAGUCAACUUUUCCCAAAGCUACUGAUAUGACUUUUGCUAACAAACUUAAGCAGCACUUCGCUGGUAAUCACUGCUUUAAGGGGGAAAGGGGAGGUGCUUUUAGGAUUUCCCACUAUGCCAGAGAGGUUUUAUAUGAUUCAAGUGGUUUCCUGGAGAAGAACAGAGAUACAUUGCAUGCUGAUUUGGUCCAGUUACUUUUGUCAUGUGCUUGCCAGCUUCCACAGUCAUUUGCCAACAACAUACUGCAACCUGAGAAGGAGUCAAGCCGGUUUCGGCAAUCAAGUAGUUUUGACCUACAAAAGCAAAGCGUUGUGGCAAAAUUUAAGGGUCAACUUUUCAAGUUGAUGCAGCGGUUAGAAAGUACUACUCCCCAUUUCAUUCGGUGCAUCAAGCCAAACAGCAAGCAACUUCCCAGCAUGUACGAACAUGAUCUUGUGUUACAACAGCUAAGAUGCUGUGGGGUCCUUGAAGUUGUCCGGAUAUCCAGGUCAGGCUAUCCAACUCGAAUGACACAUCAACUAUUUGCUGAAAGGUAUGGCUUUCUUCUUUUACAGACUUCAAGUUCUCAGGAUGCACUCAGUUUGUCAGUUGCCAUCCUACAGCAAUUCAAUGUGCCACCUGAGAUGUAUAGAGUUGGUUACACAAAGUUAUUUUUCCGCACAGGACAGAUUGCUGUACUGGAAGAUGCUAGAAAUAGAAUUCUACAGGGGAUUGUUUGGGUUCAGAAGAACUUUCGUGGUCUUAAAGCUCGUAAUUUCUAUCAACGGCUGAGGAAGGGGGCAACUACAUUACAAUCAUUUAUCCGAGGUGAAAAGGCGAGGUGCGAAUUUGAAGUUUUGACAAGGAGAUGGAGGUUUGCUAUUCUCAUUCAAAAGCAUGUGAGGCAAUGGAUAGUGGGGACAAGAUUUAGUUACCAGCUGAAGGAUAUUAUACUUUUGCAGUCUGCUAUUCGUGGUUGGUUGGCAAGGAAGACUUUUAUCAACUUGAAAAUGCACAAAAUGGCAAAACUCAAUCAUGUGGAAGUGAACAAAAGUUCAGAAAGAAAUUUUGCACAACUUAUGAAGGACAAAACCAGUGAGCUCCCUCAAAUUCACCCAGCAGUUACGGACGAACUUCACAGGCGUGCCUUAAGGGCAGAAGCAGCAUUAAGAAAAAGGGAAGAAGAAAAUGCUAUCUUACAGCAGCGACUUAAACACUAUGACACAAGAUGGUCAGAAUAUGAAUUGAAAAUGAAGUCUAUGGAACAGACAUGGCAAAAACAACUGACUAGUUUGCAGUCAACUUUAGCUGCUGCAAGAAAGAGCCUCACUUCUGACAUGGUAAAUCGACCUGGACAGCUGAAUAUGUCAGCAGUUAACAACUGUUAUGACUCCGAAGAUACCAUAUCAACUGUCAACCAAACACCAGAAGACACUCCUGCCAAACAGUCCAUUGGUGCUGAAGAAGUAAGGAGCAAUGAUAGCAAGGAAAUUGCAGUUAUCCACCUUGUAAACGAGUUUGAGCAGCAGCGGCAGGUAUUUGAGGAUGAUGCUGGGUUUAUUGUUGAAGCUAAGUCAGGGCAAUCAAGUUCUAAGAUAAACCCUGAUGAAGAGCUGCAAAAAUUGAAGGCACGUUUUUCUACUUGGAAGAAGGUUUACAAGUUGCGGUUACGGGAGACAAAGGCAUCACUUCAAAAGUUUGGUAAUCCUGAAGAGAAAGCAUCCAAAAAAUGGUGGAGCAUAAGAAGCAUAAGAUAAAGUUGAUUGUUUUCAUACAAUGAUCCUUUCCAGUAUAUCGAUAUCACACAUGCUUGUUACCGAAUUGGUUGAGAAUUCAUGUGGAGAGUGAAUUAGUGAGAUAAAAGUGCUGGUCACAAUGCAGAAGCUUUGCUAGGACUUUCAUUUAAUUCAACAUCUACUCUAACUGAAUGAACGAGCAAUGAGGAUGGAAAUGGUUUCUACACACUAAGAAGCUCAGAGACUUCAACUGCAUGUUAUAAUGCUGUAGUUGCAGGACCAAUGAUUCAGAGAAGACUUUUCUAUCAAGCAUCACUGUCUUAUCUCACUGUUCUUGGAAUCAGAAACUUUGUGGCAGCUUCAGUUGAAUUCAGUACUUGAAAUUUUUGUCCAACACAUUGUCACUGCAAAAAAUUUGUAUUUUUCUCAUGGAGAAAAGUGUCAGAGCUGGCAUAUACACCAUCCUAUAGUAGCUGGCAAGCCAUCGUGCUUAAUUUAAAUUUUCUUUGAAAUUGAGUACGUGCAACGGAAGAAAACCUCAAAGAGCAUCACAAUGGAGUUGACUGCUAACAUUUGCUCAAAGCCCAUUUUCAAGAGGAAUUCCAGUAUGGAAAUUAGUGAAAGGCCUUCAAAUGCAGCAAGGCAGAGGUUUGCAAAAUCACAUCUGGACGGUGUAAAGAUUUCCUGAGAGGUAAGAGUGAUGGCAAGGUGAAAUUCCUACAAAUAUGUAGAAAUAUGUAGUAAGCUUUAACAGUUUAUAUGUAUACACUCUUCUGUAUGUUUCGAUCUGAAUCUCUUUAUGGUUUUGUAUUUGCUCUUUGUUUGGUCACACUGCAACUCAUCUUCAAUCCGUUGAUUGAAGAGGAUGGGCUUUCUCUAACAUGUGCAAUUUUCUGGAAGUGGGUUCUUUCUUGUCAUGUAAAAUUCUUACAUGGGAGUGAAUACUUGUAUUUAAGCUUCCUCGUCCAUAAUUUUAUCAUUAGCUGUGGAUUCUUUGACA